AUGCCGUCGGCGGAGGAGAUCAUGGCGAUCGAGCGCGACGUGGUGGUGCAGACUUACGGGCGCACGCCGCUCGUUGUGGCGGCGGGCGCGGGGAGCCGCCUGUACGACACGGCGGGGCGCGAAUACAUCGACAUGGCAUCAGGCAUUGCGGUGAACUCGCUGGGCCACGGCGAUGCUGAUUGGCUCGCCGCUGUCACGGAUCAGGCCGCGACGCUGGCACACGUCAGCAAUCUGUAUUACACGUGGCCGAUGGUGCAGCUGGCGCAGCGGCUGGUGAAGUCGUCGUUCGCGGAUCGCGUGUUCUUUGUGAAUUCCGGCACGGAGGCCAACGAGGCGGCGAUUAAGUUCGCGAGGAAGUACCAGCUGGCGAAGAGCGGCGACGAGCAUGCGACGGAGUUCGUCGCAUUCGGUAACUGCUUCCACGGUCGCACAAUGGGCGCGCUCGCGCUCACCUACAAGCCGCAGUUCCGCGCGCCGUUCGAGCCGCUAAUGCCCGGCGUCGCGUUCGCCGAGUACGGCGAUCUCGAGGCGGCGGCGGCCGCCAUCACCGCGGGGCGGACGGCGGCGGUGUUCGUGGAGCCGGUGCAGGGCGAGGGCGGCGUGUUCGCCGCCACCGCGGAGUUCCUGCGCGGUCUGCGCCGACUAUGCGACGAGCGCGGCGCGCUGCUGGUGUUCGACGAGAUCCAGUGUGGGUUGGGGCGCACGGGGCACGUGUGGGCGCACGAGGCGUAUGGAGUCACGCCCGACAUCAUGACGCUCGCCAAGCCCCUCGCAGGCGGGCUGCCCAUUGGAGCGGUGCUGGUGACCAAUCGCGUGGCGGCAGCAAUGUCACCCGGCGACCACGGCAGCACUUUUGCCGGCAACCCACUCGUAUGCCGGGCGGCACUUGCCGUCCUCGAUAAGAUCGCCGACCCAGCCUUCCUCGCCAGUGUGGAAGCCAAGGGAGAGCUGCUUCGGAAGCUGCUCCGGGAGAGGCUCGGGGGAAACCCACAUGUGAAGGAGGUUCGGGGGCGGGGGCUGAUGGUGGGCGUGCAGUUGGAUGUGGGGGCGGGGCCGCUGGUGGAGGCGGCGAGAGGGGAGGGCGUGCUGGUGAUUACGGCAGGCAAGGGUGAUGUGGUGCGCCUCGUGCCACCUCUUGUUAUCACAGAGGAGGAGAUUGAGAAGGCUGUUGAUGGCCUUGCUAAGAGCCUACCAGCCCUAGGUUGA